CAGCCACUCCGCGGCAUGUGGGAUCUUCCCGGACCAGGGCACGAACCCGUGUCCCCGGCAUCGGCAGGCGGACUCUCAACUACUGCGCCACCAUCCUCUUUGGUGGAUGGGGAAGCCCCAUCCUCUUUUAACAUAGUCAAAAGAGAUCAAUCAGUUGGGUCUUCUCUGACCCAACUGAUCCCACUUAGGAAUUCCUGAAAAAAUAAAGUGGAUCAUAUCAUUCUACUUUGCUUAAAGGGAUCAAAAGAGCUUCUCUUGAUUCUUUUUUACAUAAGAAAACCCUAAUUCUGUUUCAGUUUUAGCUAUUGCUCCUUCUGACCUCCAUCCUCAUCUCCCUAUGUCUCUACCACACUCAACAUCUCCAUUCCCAGGACACAGCAAGCAAGCAAUAGGUAGUUUUUAAACAUUUUCUUCUGCAGAGUAUAUGAAACAUAACCACAUGUAUCUUUUCACUUCUAGUGUUCAUAAUUCCAUAUCUCAGAAUAGGAAUCAAGCCUCAUUUAUGAUGACAUUAUACAUUUUUUUUACAUCUUUAUCGGAGUAUAAUUGCUUUACAGUGGUGUGUUAGUUUCUGCUUUAUAACAAAGUGAAUCAGUGAUGACCUUAUACAUUUUAGGAUGAAAGACCAACAUUAAUCUAUUGCUCGUGCUAGGAAGAAGAGCUUACAUAAUCACAAAUUCUCCUUUGGUUUAUGCUUUCCUUCAAAAUCAAAAUAUGUUUUAUGUUUUGAUAAGAUGUGUUUUCAUUGAAAAAAAAAAUGUGUAUUUGGGGGAAAAGCAAGCACCCUUGGCCACAGGUGAAGCACAGGCUCUUUGGUCAAGAAAUAAAGCAACUCUGUGGAAACAGGUCAUUUGCGUGUUUACUCAGCAUUUCCGGGGCACAUUCAGGUGCUCAUCUCCAUGUGCACAAGUCUUCCCUGCAAAUCCACUCAGAAUCCAACUCGCUCCCUGGCGGAUGUGACAGACUGGUUUUAUGUCGCCAGAGAGAUGGAUUAAUGAUCUCAGCAAAAAGCUGGCAUGUCCAAGAGAUUUAAUUUUUUUUUAUUUUUUAUAUAACAGUUUUAGCCAAAGCUGUUCUAGGACUCAGCGGAAGCUGACCUUCACAGGAGAACCAACUUACUAAUAGCCAAUCACUAAGUAGCAGGGAAGGCAAAGCCUUGGUGUUUGUGUCAUGGCCCGAGGGGGUGGGAAGUAGGGUGGCACAAGCAUCAGUAUCAAUAUUAAAUUGGGAAACUCAGCCUGGCCAGCCAUGCCCUCCUUGCUGCCCUGGCUCGAGGCAGAAGACCGAGUCAAUGGUUAAGCCUGGGGGGAUCUGCCCCGCUGCAGGUUACUGGAAAGCAGCUUGCAGCAUCACAGACAUUCACAGGAUGCCUUAUUUUUCAAGACUCAUUUUGCUCUUGUUUUGCCUGAUGGUUCUUGUGGAGAGCAGAAAGCCCAAGAAGAGGAGAUGGACAGGGCAGCUGGAAACGUCCAAGCCAAGUCACCUAUAUAAGAAGAACCUUGAUGUGACCAAAAUCCGAAAGGGAAAACCUCAGCCACUUCUCAGAGUGGAUGACCAUGAUUUCACCAUGAGGCCCGCCUUUGGAGGCCCUGCCAUCCCGGUGGGCGUGGACGUACAGGUGGAGAGCCUGGACAGCAUCUCGGAGGUGGACAUGGACUUCACCAUGACCCUCUACCUGCGGCAUUACUGGAAGGAUGAGCGGCUGGUCUUCCCCAGCACCAGCAACAAGAGCAUGACCUUCGACGGCCGGCUGGUGAAGAAGAUCUGGGUCCCCGACGUCUUCUUUGUUCACUCCAAAAGGUCAUUCAUCCACGACACCACCACGGACAACAUCAUGCUGAGGGUGUUCCCAGAUGGGCAGGUGCUGUACAGCCUGAGGAUUACAGUCACCGCCAUGUGCAACAUGGAUUUCAGCCACUUUCCCCUGGACUCCCAGACCUGUUCUUUGGAGCUGGAAAGCUAUGCAUAUACAGAUGAAGAUCUGAUGCUGUACUGGAAGAAUGGGGAUGAAUCCCUGAAAACAGAUGAGAAGAUCUCCCUGUCUCAGUUUCUGAUUCAGAAAUUCCACACCACUUCCAGACUGGCCUUCUAUAGCAGCACUGGCUGGUACAACCGUCUCUACAUUAACUUCACGUUGCGUCGCCACAUCUUCUUCUUCUUGCUGCAAACCUACUUUCCCGCCACCCUGAUGGUCAUGCUGUCCUGGGUGUCCUUCUGGAUCGACCGCAGAGCUGUGCCCGCCAGAGUUUCACUGGGGAUCACCACGGUGCUGACCAUGUCCACCAUCAUCACGGGUGUGAACGCCUCCAUGCCCCGCGUGUCCUACAUCAAGGCCGUGGACAUCUACCUCUGGGUCAGCUUCGUGUUCGUGUUCCUCUCGGUGCUGGAGUACGCGGCCGUCAACUACCUGACCACCGUGCAGGAGAGGAAACAGCGGAAGCUGCAGGAGAAGUUCCCAUGCAUGUGUGGAAUGCUCCACUCAAGAACCAUGAUGUUGGGUGGAAGCUACAGUGAGUCUGAGGCCAACAGCCUGGCCGGGUACCCGAGAAGCCAUAUUCUGACAGAAGAAGAAAGGCAAGACAAAAUAGUGGUCCACCUGGCCCUGAGCAGUGAAUCCAACUCCUCCAGGAAGAAGGGGCUUCUGAAGGGCCAGGUGGGUCUUCGCAUCUUCCAGAACACCCACGCCAUCGACAAAUACUCCCGGUUGAUAUUCCCAGCUUCCUACAUAUUUUUCAACUUAAUUUAUUGGUCAGUGUUAGCCUAGGAGCUCUGAGGCUAUGCCUGGGGAAGGGCACGGACAUCUCUGGUGUCUGGCCGGCCGCCCACACGUGGACCUGCUGAGCGUGACCCCUCACAGACAGAGCAGCAGCCCCUGGACCACCUCAAGCAGCAUCCUGGCUCCCGGAGGAGCCCAGGGGCCCUCCAGCUGCCCUCCCCCAGGCCUCGUGGGCUUGCUCAUUGUUCAUGCUGUGUUGUGUCCCACUUCUUGCCGCUCUGGGACUGUCUUCUUCUGUUCUUGUGUGUGAACAGGUUCAUGAGAGCCUCCCUCCAAUAAAAAAAGACUCAAAUGCCUCCCAGAUGAAUGUUCUGAGACCCUUAUGAAGCCUAGGAUUCAGCUAUAAAGGGAAGGGAAAAAUGAAGGACAAGCUUAGGGGCAUUCUGGAUAGGAGACAGGAAAUUAAGAUUCAAAAUAGGAAUAAAAAAAUCUGUAAACCCUACACUGGAUUAAGUGCCCAUCUA